AUGGCUUUCGGUGUCAAGCGUGACAAUGAUUUCAAGUACACUUCAGUCCCUGCUGACAAGCUGAAUUUGGAGGGCCUCAAGGUUGCGAUUGUGGGAGGAACCGGAGGACUAGGGCAAGGUUUAAGCAGAUUUUUUUGCUCAAAGGGUGCCGACGUAACAGUCGUCGGAAGGACCUUCAGGGACAAUGAUUUAGAGAAAGUUCAGUUCAUCAAGGCUGACUUGGAGUUAAUGACAGAGGCCAAGCGGGUUUCAGAGGAGUUGUCGAAGCAACAUCUGGAUAUGGUUGUACUCAGCACAGGUAUUUUCGCUACCCACGAGCGCCAGGUGACUUCUGAGAACCUAGAGCGCGACAUGGCGGUCAGCUACCUCAACAGGCUAGUGGUCUUGCGCAACCUGGUUCCCGCGCUCGAAAAAACCAACUCUUCUAAGUUCGACAAAGCCAGAGUAUUUGUAUUUGGAUUUCCUGGCACGGGCGAGUUGGGUACGUUGGGCGACUUGAACUCCGAUGGCAAGUACAACAACAUGAAAGCCCACAUGAAUACGGUAGCGGGAAAUGAAGCGCUUGUUUUGGACAGUGCUGGCCGCUACCCUGGAGUUGCAUUUUUUGGACUGAACCCCGGUUUAGUCAAAACUGCAAUUCGUAACAAUUUCUUGGGUGAAGGAACUUGGAAAUCACGGAUCGUGGAAAGCUUGAUUGGGUUUUUUUAUCCCAGCACUCAACAAUACGCCGAACGAGUCGGUCCUAUGAUGGUUUCGUCAGGCUUAGACGGUCACAGCGGGAAGUUUUUUGGCGCAAAUGCCGAGCCUAUCCACCGGUCGCAAGGUUUCACAGACAGCUACGUCAAGAAAUUUAUGGCUGAAUCCGAGGCUCUAGUCAAGAAAGCGGGUGUUUCACUGGAAUAA